UUUUUUUUCUUUUGCUUUAUCUCAACGUCUUAAUAGUAGCAAAAGAAGAACAAGAAAUUAAUAUAGACGCAUCGUCAAAAUGGGGACAAAUAAUGUCAAAUUUACCAGCUGAUGAAUUUACCGAUGAUAUUAAUAUUGAUAGUUUAACAACACAAGAAUUAACCGACUGGGCAAAGGGAAUUGCACAAAAAUGCUUACAGGGGAAAGCUUCAUCUGUACAUAGCAUUGACGAAUUGACACCACCGGAAUCAGCAAAAAGUCUCGCUAGUCAAAUGAAAUAUAAAAAUAAACCUUCACAUGCUUCAUUAGAGGAACAAACAUUUUAUACUACAGCAGAUAAACAAAUAGAAAUUGAGAAAACGUUAUUAAUUUUAGAUAAAAUUUAUGAUUCAGUUGAGGUUGUUCCUUAUUUUAGGGCAGAAGAGGAUUUUUCACCAAAUGCACCAAAUUAUGCACCACUUCAAACAAUUCUUAGUUCAAUUGCUAUAAGAUCGGUUCAAUCAUUUGAUAAUUAUAUAUUACCUUCUAUUUGCUCAACUACAAAUACAAGUUUUCAUAGACUUGCGGAUAGAACGAUAUUCUAUAAUUCAUUAUCAGCAGGAUUAUCCUCAGCAGUUAUCUCACACGUUUCCAAAGGAUUAAAGAUUGAUGUAUUGAUUGAUAUUAUAAGUACAUUGGCACUUCAAUUACAUAUGGUAAAAUCUAUAGCUUCAUUGGGCGGAUUAGAUAUAAACGAUGAUGCAGUUCGGACAUUGAUUUAUUUAUGUAUCGUUUCGGAUGGGAUUAAAAGUUCAAUAACGGGAACAGCGAAAGAAUUGGCAAUUAUAAUAAUGCGUAAAAUGGUAGUAGAUAAAAUUCCCAAAUCUGCUUUAAAAUCUAUAAAUAAACGCGUUGCGAUGAAAUUACUUAGUAAAGAGGUUGGAGAUAAAGGAAUAAUUAAUUUUGCUUUAUUAAUUCCUUUUGUGGGUGAAUUAGUGACAUUUGUUAGUGAUUCUUUGGCUACGUAUAGUAUUGGACAAGUUGCUAAAUACGUUUUUUGUCCAAUGGAUGAUCAAAACGAAAAGGAAAAUACGGAUUCUCCACCUCCUUAUCCUGGUAGAAUUGGACUUUAAAAUCAUAGAAUUAUUUUUGUUAUUAUUUUUUUUUUUUUUUUGUUAUAAUUUACCACCAUCAACAGAAAUAGUAGCACCAUUAGUAAAAGCACCAGCUUUACUAGAUAAAUAAAUAGCAGUGCCAGCAAUAUCUUCAGGUGCACCAAUUCUACCCAAAGGUACAUUUGACCUAAUAAUUUCACCAUAAUCGUUUAAUGUUUUAGCCAUCAUCUUUGAUUCAUAGGGUCCAGGUGCAAUAUUAUUAAAUGUA